CAUGAAUUCAAUUGCUUUAAAAUAAAAUACAAAUAUUAAUAUUAACAUUUGAGGAUUUAAUAUGAUUUUCAAAAUGGAUAUGCACUAUGCAGUGUGCCUGUUGAUAUGUGUACCAUGUAGUCUUCGCGCGGAAUAUUUGUAUGAGUAUUCGAUGACAGCCGCUGGCAAAGAAUUUGUAAUAGCCUUUCUUAAAAACUCUGUGAAUAGCUAUAAACCCUAUCUAAAAAUAUUAACACCUUUUGUGGAAGACGUGGAACUGCAAAUUUCCACACCUGCAUGGAAUUCGGUGGAUUCUUUUCAUUUGACCUACACAGUGAAUAAAUCUUAUCCUCUAGAAGUCAAACUACCUUUUAGACUCCGUGUACAAACCAGUACAGUGGACAACAGAAUCGUAUAUGUAAAAUCAUCAAAGCCAAUUUUUGUUUUUGCGGCAGAUUUUCAAAGAGACACUGGGUCUUAUUUUCUUCUGUAUCCUGUAAAGACAUUCGGAACUGAAUACAUUGUUGGGGCUUUUGGAAAUGCUAACUCCAGGAACUCAGAGCUGAAGUCAUUGCUAGGUUGUCUCGCAAUACAUACUGAUACAGAAAUUCGGAUUACUCCUCCUGUCAAUCAACCUCUCACAUUCAAUAAACGCACAUACAAACAUGAUGAAGAAAUUGUCGUCACUGUAAAUAGAUUCCAGCUAGCACAGAUCAUGGGAAUAGAUGUGACUGGUUCCUUUGUUAGAAGCAACAAACCUAUUGCUGUGAUAAGUGGUCAUGAACACGUAAUGGUACAUGGAAAUAGUGAGAUCGUUUCCGGUCAUGAUAUGCUAAUGGCACAGAUGCCUCCAGUAGCUACCUUGUCCAAUGUAUAUCCUGUGGCUUCUACUAGUAACAAUGAUGAGGAAUUGAUCAGAGUAUUUGCUGUACAUGACAAUACAGCAUUUUCUAUUCAUAGUCCUGGAUCGGUGAUUUCUCAAUUUAUUAAGGACAGGACAUCUUAUUUCGAAUUCUAUAUCGCAAAAAAUGAGGGAGCGACCGUAGUUGCUGACAAUCCUGUUCAAGUCAUACAGAUUAGUACAAGUGGCGAUCGUUUCACUGGCGAUCCACGAAUGAUCGUGACACUGUCAUUAGAUAGCUAUGUUACAGAAUAUAUGUUUGUUACUACUGUAGAUGCAGCUUUUCCAAAUGCCAUAUAUACUCAUACUGUAAUCAUUAUAGUAUCUGAAUCCGCAAAAGGAAAACUGUAUUUGGAUGGUAAAAGUAUAAUUAAUAUUCCCCAUGAAGGAACCCCAUCGUCAUGUGGUUAUGCAAACCUAGAAGCUAUCAGAAUAAAUGUUGACGAUGGAUACCAUACUUUAGGCUGUCACUUAGAAGACAAUGAGUAUUGCACUGUCUAUCUGAAUGGAUAUUUCAAAAACUCUCAAUACGGGACAGCAAUUAACAGGCAUUUAGGUGUAGUCGGCAGUUCAAAGAGUUCCUCGUUGCAGGAGAUGGGUGGUACUGACACAGUUACUGAAUUUGAACUAUAA